UCUUACACCUCUGUGACCACAUGGAUGGCAGGUAACUGACAUUCUCUCUCUCUCUCUCUCUUUAACGCCAUGUUCGGGCACCCUCAUCACUUCCGAUCCCCAUCUGGCGGGCCACGGCAGCAACCGCCUCCACUUCAGCAUCCAUACCCACAGCCUCUAAACCCCAAUUUCUCCCUCCAAAACCAAAACCAAAACCAAAACUCGACCAAUUCAUCAUAUAUUUUGCCUCCAAACCCUGCUUUUCCAUCCCAUCCUGUCCUCAACCCCUACCCAGCUUUCCCAACCCAAAACCCUAAUUUCACUCCCCAACAGCUCCCCAACUCUUCGUUUCGGCCUCAGACCUUACCUGAGAACCCGAGACCGAAUGUCGAUCCCCAACAGCUCUCGAAUUCAGCUUUUUCGCCGCAGAGCUUGUCUGAUAACCCGAAUGUCGGUCCUCUCCAGCACCCCUCGAAUUCAGCGUUUUGGCCAAAGGAGAUGCUGGAGAGGAUCGACGGCGCCGCGGAAAAGGCUCGCGCUGAACUCGUCGCGGCUGGAAGGAGCGUCUCUGCGUGGAAGGUCUUGGAGUCUGCUCUUCUGAUGCUCAAGGUUGAUGCUUGGAGCUCUCUGAUGCUGCCAAUGUACCAAGUGCCGUCUCUUCACCGCCUAAUGCUCACUGAAGGCAGGAUAAAUGCAUAUAUCCAUUGCUUUGUUGGGGUUCGAAAAAUUACUUCAUUGUAUGAUUUGGAACUAGCAAUCUGCAAGAAUGAGAAUAUUCAGCAGUUUGAAGAGCUGGGAUUAGGCCCUUUGUUGCUGCACCCACUUGUUUUGCAUUAUUUCCAAGUGAGUUCUGAUACAACUGAAGUGUUUAAGAUAACUAGUGAGGAAAUAGUAUUUUUACUCAUUGGAUUUCAAACACAUAAACGUGAAGUUACGGACGAUUCUGUUGAAGAAUUUUUGGAUUUUAUUGUUAAGAGGCGAUCAGUUGCAAGCAAGGAAAAGCUCGGAAUUCGAAUUUGUAGCUUGGGGGUGCAUGUUUCUUACAUCCUUGAAGCCAAGAAGUUAGAACGUGCUGCUCUAAGGAAAUCCAAAAAGGAAUUAAGAGCGUGGCGCUCUAGGAAGAAGCCACCAAUUUUCUCCACAUUGAAAAAGCGGCCAGAUAAACAUUUUUGUGCCAUUUCUCAGCAAGCUGAAUUGUUUUCUGUUGUGCACAAGGAUUUUUGUGUUAAGCAAGAUAGGUUUGUUCCUUCGAGCUCAAAGCAUGGAGGUAAUAGGGAUUAUUCACAUGAAGAAGAUGACAAAAAUAAUGAUGAUGCUAUAGGCAGUCAGGUUAACUUUUCAUCACAAUCUGCUAAAAUCUCUGAAAGAGCGAGUAGCUGUAUUAACUUGUCAGCAAUAGAAGAGAGGUGUUGGCUCGAAUCGACCCACAUUUCUCCAGUUAGUGGAAGCCAAAAGCAUAAUGAGGGUAAUGGAUCUGUUAAAAAAAAAAGAAAAUACGGAAAUCUAAGCAGCCCCAUCUCUGUGCCCAUAAAAUUGCGUAAGAGUGACAAGGUAGAUCGAGAUGUUCUUCCUACAAAGAAUGGCUGUGGAACAGAGGAGUUUAGUGAUGUGCAUAUAAUUGAUCUUUCAAUUACCGAUACUCUUUUGAGGAUGUUCGUUACAACUUGGAAGGAAGCAUGUCAGGAGCAGCCUGUGGCUAAGGUACUUUGGAGCAUGCUUCGGUCUUAUAAUACACAUUAUAAGAAGUCAAAAACAAUCAUGUCAAUGUUUUAUUCAUACCCAUUGAUUGGACUGCUGAAUGUUGCUGUCUCAUCUAUCAAAUUUGGAAUGUGGGAUAGCAUGUACGAUACAUUCCAAUCCAUUGGCCAACACUGGUUAACUAACACUUGUACUCAUAAGUGUUCUGAGUAUUUGAGCACAGAUGUAGAACCAAGUAUUAAAGAUGCAGUACGAGUCAGUACAGAACACAAUACUGAGCAUACACUGACCUGCAUGGAGCAGGAUCAACAGUAUUAUCCACGUCGUGAGAGAGUCCGUAGUAGGCGGAAGGUCCUCCAAACGAGUCAGAAGAACAACAUACACAAAGGGUUAUCCGGAGGAUCUCCUUCUGAAUCAAAAGUCUGCUUUCUGUGUGGUCAAGCCGGACACGUCUGUAAGGACUGCUCUCAACUCCAACAGGCUGUAUCAUCUUUGGCUCCACAGAAUCCCCAGAAAUUGGUUCGGUACCCUGCUCAGUCCUACACAUCUGUUCAACUACUUCCAGUUGAGGCCCAGCCACAACAGAGCACGGACAAAGUACCAAUGCCCCAGAAAAGUAGAUGUGGACCUGUCGGUAGGGGUCAAGUCUUCAGAGUCACCGGAGGAGAAGCGAUGGAAGAGAAAGUCAAUGCUGUGAUCAAUGACUUCACAGGUGUUUCAGUUGAAGACAUAAUCAGGAAAGUUGCGACGUUUUUUGAGAGUGAUCAUGGAAUGCCCAUCAAUGGUAAAACAAUUCAGGAGAAGAUGUUUAUCUUUUUCAGAAAGCUUUGCAAUUGUGAGCUUUGGUUGGUGGAAGAAUUUUGUGUCAAGGAAUUUAGAUGCCUUGGUUUUGGGGAAUUUCUAAUUUUCUUAGAAAAAUAUUCCUGUCUACUGCCACAUGAGCUGUGCAAGUUCUUGACUGGUGAUGGAAAUGGGAAGUGCCCUUUGGAGGUUUGCAUGCCCCAGGAUCAUUUGGUUGUUUUAGUAUCUCAAGCUUUAAAUAGUUUAUGGGAGGAUGAAAAGAUUACCAAACUGAAUAUUCCUUUACUGCUUAGGAAGCAGUUCCCAUCGAUUGGUUUCCAAACCAUCGAAAAUGGUUCGGUAGAAGAUUUUCUAAGUUUAGUGGGGAAGCAUAAAAACACUGCAAUUUCCAAACGUGUUCUUUUUUCAAUGACAUUAUGUGGAACUAGUUACGGCAUGGAGUCACCAGAACACUGUAAGAAUGACACAUUUAGGAGCACUUUGGUGAAUGCUAACAUUGGCCAGACAGCAGAGACCCAUGAAUCUGUUACAUCCAAAGAUGCAAUUAAAAUCCUACUCAGGGGACCAAUGAUGUCUGAUUUAAACUUAUGGGCACAUUGGGACCUCUUGUUUGCUCCCUAUCUUGGUACUCUUGUACCAUGGUUAUUGAAUGAAGUCAACACGGAUGAAUUGUUGUGUUUGGUGACCAAAGAUGGGAAAGUAAUUCGGUUAGACCAUUCAUCUACUGUAGAUGCAUUCUUGGAAGCUGUACUUCAAGGCUCCUCUUUCCAAACAGCAGUGAAAAUGCUCUCUCUGUUUGCACUAUUUGGGGGAGAAAAGCAUGUGCCUGUGUCCCUUCUGAAACUUCAUGUACAGCAUGCAUUUGAAGUCAUUUUGAAGAAUUAUGUAGACAAUAUGGAAAUACAUGGCAAUAAGAAUUUUCUAAGUCAAGGAGAAGCAUUGUGUGGACAGCAAAUGAUUGGUGAAGGUUCUACUAGUAAAUUUUGUAAUGAAUUACACAGAGAUGUAACCCAGAUGAAUACUGGUGAACCUGUUUUAUCAAGAUUUAUCAUUGAUUGUCUUGGCUAUCUACCUGCAGAAUUUCGUAGUUUUGCUGCUGAUGUAUUGCUUUCAGGGAUGCGAUCUAUUUUCAAACAUGCUGCUUCAGCCAUUUUGAGUGAGUGCAACCAGACAGAGCAGCGUCUCAUGAUUCAUGAAGUUGGCUUAUCUCUUGGUAUAGUGGAGUGGAUUCAUGAUUACAAUGAAUUUUGUUCCUAUGACACUACUGAUUUGUUCAUGUCUGGGGCUACAUGCUUCAAUGCUGUUAGAUAUGAAACCGGGUCAGGCUCAAAGUAUAUGCAGGAUGUGUCUGAUACGCUUGCCGCUUCUGAAGGGAGUAUUGGUGCAUCUGUUGGGGUAGAUGAGCAGAAAGGUGAAUGUACUGAACCCUGUAUAAAGAUUAGUGGUGCAGAAGCUUCUGAAGCUAGAAUUAGCAGUGGCUCAAAGCAUUCUACAGAACUUAAUGAACUUGAAGAUGCAGUCCUCGUAAUUGAGUCAAUCAGGAGAGAUGAAUUUGGUCUAGAUUCAAGCCUAUCAAAUGUUGGAAGUAGCAUCCUAAAGAAGCAGCAUGCCCGCUUAGGGAGAGCUCUGCAUUGCCUUUCAGAGGAAUUGUAUUCUCAGGAUUCUCAUUUUCUUCUUGAGCUGGUGCAAAAUGCUGAUGAUAAUAUUUACCCAACAAAUGUGGAACCAACUCUAACAUUCAUUCUUCAAGAGUCAGGUAUUGUUGUUUUAAACAAUGAACGGGGCUUUUCUGCCCAGAACAUUAGGGCACUCUGUGAUGUUGGAAAUUCAACCAAGAAAGGAUCUAAAGCUGGAUAUAUAGGGCAGAAGGGCAUUGGUUUCAAAUCAGUAUUUCGGGUUACAGAUGCUCCAGAAAUUCAUUCCAAUGGGUUUCAUAUCAAGUUUGAUAUAAGUGAGGGUCAGAUUGGUUUAAUUCUGCCCACAGUUGUACCUCCUCGCAGUAUUCACUUGUUUAGUAGCCUGGCAUCGAGUGACAAUGAUAAAGCGGAUUGGAACUGCUGGAACACUUGCAUUGUUCUUCCUUUCAGAUCUAUUUUAUCAGAUAGAACUGUCAUGAAAAGUGUAAUUAAUAUGUUUUCAGAUCUUCAUCCUUCUUUACUACUCUUUCUCCACCGCCUCCAGUGUAUUAAGUUUAGAAACUUGCUUGAUGAUACACUUACGGUCAUGAGAAAGGAUAUUGUGGGAGAUGGUAUCGUUAAGAUUUCACAUGGGAAAGAGAAAAUGACAUGGUUUGUAGUAUCUCAGAAAUUGCAAGCAGAUUUUAUUCGUGGUGAUGUACAAACAACAGAAAUAUCAAUAGCAUUUACAUUGAAGGAAUCAGAUAAUGGCGAUUAUUGUCCUGAUAUUGCCCCACAGCCUGUUUUUGCAUUUCUUCCUCUUAGAACAUAUGGGCUGAAGUUUAUUCUUCAGGGUGAUUUUGUUCUUCCAUUGUCUAGAGAAGAAGUCAAUGGAGAUAGUCCCUGGAACCAGUGGCUAUUGUCCGAAUUUCCUGGUUUGUUUGUUAACGCAGAGAGAUCUUUUUGUGCUCUUCCGUGCUUUAAAGAGAAUCCCGGGAGAGCUGUGACAGCUUAUAUGUCCUUUGUUCCGCUUGUCGGGGAUGUGCAUGGUUUCUUUUCUUCUCUUCCGCGAUUGAUUAUUUCAAAAUUACGUGUGUCGAAUUGCUUACUCCUGGAAGGAGGAAAUAAUGAAUGGGUUCCUCCGUGCAGGGUCCUAAGAGGUUGGAAUAAACAGGCUCGUUUGCUUCUCCCUGAUGACUUACUGCAAGAGCAUCUUGGACUUGGGUUCUUAGAUAAAAAUAUAGUUGUGCCGGAUCCACUUGCAAGGGUUCUAGGUAUUGUGGACUAUGGACCCAAAGUUUUGCUUCAAAUUGUGGACUCUUUAUGUCAUACACAAAAUGGCCUCAAAUCAAUGGGAGAGAGUUGGCUUGCCUCUUGGCUAAGUUCACUUUAUGCAAUGUCAUUCAAUUCUUCUGUGGAAGCUUCAUUUGACUCAGGAGUAGAAAUGGAAUUCAUAGAAAACCUUCGAAAAAUUCCAUUUAUUCCUCUUUCAGACGGUACAUAUGUUGCAGUGGAUAAAGGCCCAAUUUGGUUACAUUUUGAUGCCUUAAAGACUGGGUUUGAGGGUCAGCAUGGACUUGAGUCUUUUCCAGAUUUGUAUGCUAACCUUCAGAUUGUAAGUCCUAGCUUCCUUUUUGCAUCAUGUGCUGACGUGUCAUACAUGAAUGUGACGACAGUUGAAAAAGUCACAAGUAUGCUUCGUAGAAUUGGUGUCCAACAGUUGUCCGCACAUGAAAUUAUCAAGGUGCGUAUCUUGCCGGCAAUAUCUGAUGGCAGGAUUACAGAUAGGGAUAAGAAUUUGAUGACUGAUUAUAUUUGCUUUGUAAUGGUUCACCUGCAGUCGAGCUGCUAUAAUUGUCGAGUUGAAAAGGAAUACAUAAUCUCAGAACUACGAAAUAAAGCUUAUAUACUAACAAAUAAUGGCUUUAAACGACCUGCUGAAGCAUCAGUUCAUUUCAGUGCAGCAUUUGGAAAUCCUGUGGACAUAAAUAAUUUAAUUAAUGGGGUGGAUAUGGUUUGGCAUGAGGUUGACAUCUCCUAUUUGAAGCAUCCCACCACUAGAUCACUCCCAAAUGGACUGAUGAAGUGGAGGGAGUUUUUCCAGAAAAUUGGCAUCACGGAUUUUGUGAAAGUAGUUCAAGUUGAGAAAGGAAUUAAUAGUUUAUCUGAUUCUUUUUUGAAGAAGUUGUUUUGGGACAAGGACAGCAUUUCCCUUGGACUGAAUGCCACAGAUUGGGAGUCACCUGAAUUAGUCCAACUAUUAUCCCUAUUGUCCAGAGAGAACAACAAAAAAGGUUGUGAAUAUCUCCUAGAGGUUCUUGAUACAUUAUGGGAUGAUUGCUAUAGCGAUAAAACGACCGGUUACUGCACUUCUAAAUCUGUAGCAGAUAGACAGCCCUUCAGAUCUUCAUUUAUAAGCUGCAUCUGUGAUGCGCAAUGGGUGGUAUCAACAAUGGAUGAUGAACUUCACUACCCCAAGGAUUUAUAUCACAACUGUGAUCCAGUGCGCUCGAUUCUGGGUACAUCUGCUCCAUUUUCUGUUCCAAAGGUGAGAAGUGGAAAGUUCGCAAGUGAUAUUGGGUUUAAGACGAGAGUUUCUCUUGGUGAUGUUUUUGAGAUUUUGAAACUAUGGAGAUGGGAGAACCCAUUCAGAGCAAGCCUAGCACAAAUGUUCAAAAUUUACUCAUUAAUCUGGAAUGAAAUGGCUCCUUCGAAUCAGAGAAUUACCGAUGAGUUCCAUCCUGGACCUUUCAUAUUUGUUCCAUAUGAAUCCAGCUUCAGUCAUGAGGAUGUGGUGUCUGGUAUAUUUUUGUCCCCUGAAGAAGUAUAUUGGGAUGAUUCCACUUCCUUCGUUAACCAUAUCAAGGGGAUCCGUCCUCAGUACAGCUCAACAGGUAUUAAUCAUAUUCCCUUAAAUAAGAUGCUGAGUAAUUUCUACCCAGGCCUUCACGACUUCUUUGUUGGUGGGUGUGGAGUACAUGAGAUCCCAGCUCUCCGUAGCUACCUUCGGGUUCUGCUAGAUUUAUCAAAUAUUGCUUUGCCUUCACAAGCAGCUAAUGCCGUUUUUCAAGUAUUCCUGAAAUGGACUGAUGGACUGAAGUCAGGAUUGAGUGCUGAGGAUAUUGUUUACUUGAAAGAUUCUCUUACAAAUAUUGAAUGUACGGUGCUUCCUACUGUUCAAGAUAAGUGGGUUUCUCUACAUCCUUCCUUUGGUCAUGUGUUCUGGUGUGAUGAUAUUGAGUUAAGAAAGCAGUUUAUGCAUUUGGAUGACGUUGAUUUUCUAUACUUUGGUGAACUAAGUAAUGCUGAUGUAGAGAUGCUAUUUAAAAAAGUUUCCAUUCUCCUGAAAGCUUUAGGGAUUCCUGCACUUUCAGAGGCUGUAACUCGUGAGGCAAUAUUUUAUGGUCUGGCAGAUUGUAGCACAAAAGCUGCAUUGAUGGAUUGGGCUCUUCCAUAUGUACAGCGCUACUUACAAAGUGUACACCCUGAUAAAUAUGCACAACUCAAGCAGUCUGGAUUUGAUAUCUUAAAUCGUUUGCAAGUAGUUGUUGUUGAAAAGCUGUUUUAUCAGAAUGUUAUAAAGAGUUCCGGCAGGAAAUCCAAUAAGAGGCUAAGAUGUAGCUGUCUUCUGCAGGGUAGCAAUUUGUAUACAACCCAAGAACCGGAUUCACACGCGUUAUUUGUGGAGCUUUCUCGUUUGUUUUUUGACGGAAAUCCAGAAUUACACUUGGCAAAUUUCCUUCAUAUGAUCACAAUAAUGGCUGAAUCAGGUUCAACUCAGGAGCAGACAGAAUUUUUUAUCUUAAACAGCCAAAAGGUACCGAAGCUUUCUGGUGAAGAAUCUGUUUGGUCCCUGUCAUCUGUGACUUCAUUGACAGACAAUUAUAAGUCACUCCCAAAAAGUUUUACUUUUACAGAAGUAAAUGAGAAAAACAGUUGGGAAUCCAAAAGGAAAGUAAUUAACUGGCCACCUAUUGAUUGGAAAACUGCACCAGGUUUUGGUUGUACUGAUGCAAAUCUUUCCAAGACACAGGCACCAGUUGCACAUUCUGUUUCAGUUGACAUUAAUUGGACCAUUGAAGAUGAUUCAGCAAUGACAUCUGCAGCUUUAGUUUUGCCAGGCUCCGAUGAUCUGCAAGAACAUUCUGGUUAUGCUUGCAAUGAGACUGGAAAUGGAAUGCAUACUGAAUUUGAUCCUAUUAAUGUAGGUUUUGUUUCUGACUCUCCCGAUUUGGGUUCAUUUCCUAAUUUUAGCAAGAGAGACCAGCCUAGAUAUGGUACAUCCAGUGGAAGAGAUGCAAUGCUAACCGGGAGACUGGGUGAGCUUGUUGCUUUCAAAUACUUGAUUUCAAAAGCUGGAAAGUCAGUUGUGAAGUGGGUUAAUGAAUGCAAUGAAACUGGGCUUCCCUAUGACAUAGUUGUAGGGGAGAAGGAAGACAGUACAGAGUUCAUUGAAGUUAAAGCAACCCAGUCUCCUAGAAAGGACUGGUUCCACAUAUCAAUGAGAGAGUGGCAAUUUGCAGUAGAUAAAGGUGAAGCCUUCAGCAUUUUGCAUGUCAUUUUAUUGGGUAAUAAUGCUGCAAAGGUCUCAGUAUACAAGAAUCCUGUACAAUUGUGCAUGCUGGGGAAGCUGAAGUUGCACCUUAUGAUGCCUAAGCAACAGAACGAAUUAUUCCUUUUGUCCUGAAAGGUACUUGAUAGGGUGGUCAUCGGUCUGAGACUUCAGUUGGCUUUCAUCUGCAUCCAAAGUUUACCAGGUCCAGGUUUGACUAGCAUGCCAAGAUACAAGAACUUAAGAACAUAGUGAUAUCUGCUUUGGUGUAAUUGAGCCAAUAAAAACACUAUUGCCAAAUUGCAGCUAUGCUUUGAUGGGACUGCAGGUUGAGUUGCUGCUUUUAACCCUAUCGAUAGGCCAGUCGGGUUGAUUUGCCGGAAUUUAACAUAACUAUGAUAAGGAGAUCCUCAAUGUACAGACCCUCUGCAGGUUUCUUUGUGGUUCGUCGAAGAAUCGAGUCACCAUAUAUGUAUAAUAGAUAAAUUAUGAGUGGUAUAUGUAUACACGUAGUUUGAAAAAGAACCACCUCUCCGUUUCUUUCCAUAGGCGUCAGCCGUAGCACAAGACAAGUCGUUGCAGACAAAGAUAGUGCACAUGUAACCUGCCAUUAUAAAGUAUAAUAAAGUUCAGAAUCUCAAUAAUGUUUAUAUAUCCUUCCGGCUUUGAGAUAA